GUCCCAGGAGCGCCGCCUCUCGGGUCGGAGCCCCCGAGACCGGAGGCCGCUCUCGCUCCCCUGCUCCCCUGUUCCCCAGGCGCGGCCCCGGGGCGCCCGAGCCGCCCGCUCACAGCCAUGAGCAAGCUGGGCAAGUUCUUCAAAGGCGGAGGCUCUUCCAAGAGCCGAGCGGCUCCCAGCCCCCAGGAGGCCCUGGCCCGGCUUCGGGAGACGGAGGAGAUGCUGGGCAAGAAACAGGAGUACCUGGAGAGUCGGAUCCAGAGGGAACUCAGCCUGGCCAGGAGGCACGGCACGCAGAACAAGCGAGCUGCAUUACAGGCACUAAAGAGAAAGAAGAGGUUUGAGAAGCAGCUCACACAGAUUGACGGCACACUUUCCACCAUUGAGUUCCAAAGAGAAGCCCUGGAAAACUCACACAGCAACACCGAGGUGUUAAGGAACAUGGGCCUGGCGGCAAAAGCGAUGAAAGCAGUUCAUGAAAACAUGGACCUGAACAAAAUAGAUGAUUUGAUGCAAGAGAUCACAGAGCAACAGGAUAUCGCCCAAGAAAUCUCAGAAGCAUUUUCUCAGCGGAUUGGAUUUAGCGAUGGCUUCGAUGAGGAUGAGUUGAUGGCAGAACUUGAAGAAUUGGAGCAGGAAGAAUUAAAUAAGAAGAUGACAAAUAUUCGACUUCCAAAUGUGCCUUCCUCCUCCCUCCCAGCACAACCAGAUAGAAUGCCGGGUAGAUUGCCAGGCUUGUCCUCCACUGCGCAUAGAUCCCGAGCAGCAUCUUCCAGAAGAGCAGCAGAGGAAGAUGAUGAUAUCAAACAAUUGUCAGCCUGGGCUACUUAAGCUAAAACGGAAUUUUUUGACACCUACGUUAACAGCUGUACAUAAGACAUAAAAAAUAUUUUUGUCAAGUUCGGAAGUUAACAGAGACUCUGUUUUAUAAUUACACUGGAUGAAUAAUUGUCUUAAGCCUCAUAAGUAGAAGUUAAAAAACGAGGCAUGUAUAGACAUAGAAUCAGGGAUGGAAAGGGGCUCCCUACUGUCUCAGAAGAUCCCUCUAUAUUGAUGGGAGGGGGAAUUCUACCUUGUUCACUACUGUAUUUCCAGUCCUGGCACAUAAUUGGUGCUCUCUAUAUAUUUGUUGAAAGAAAACUGAAUUCUACGAACAUAUAAAACAUAUAACAAUUUAUAAGCCAUAUAAGAAUGAUAGGUUUAGAAUCGCUGGAGACAAUCACUCUCUUUUCUAUGCAAAUGCGUCUGCUGUGUGUAUCCAUGUUAGAAGAGAUGCGGCCCACAGUAAGUGCAAAUACACCAUGUAAAACGUCUCUUUUAGGAGAGACUUGUAGAGACAUCUUGUGUGAGUCUAUACAUAAAUGGUUUCACUUAAGUUUUGCAGUUUAAAAUCUUAAAGGAGCUUUAAUUGACAUUUAUUAUGCCAAUUAAGCUUGGAAUGGGGCAAUGGAUGCAUUACCCAAAAUGUCUGAGAGCAUUAACAGCUUACACUGCCGAGCUGGCAUCUCCUGGGUAUAAUUUAGCCACUUAGGGAGCUGCAUUAACACUCCCGGGCCAUUAUGAUGCCAUUAUGGCUUCAGUGUGCUAAAUGUGUGAAUGUUCCUUCUUUUCUGUUUUGUGCUCUCUUGUACACUUAUUUACACUUUACAGCAUAUUCUUUGUAAAUACAUAAAAAUAUAGGCAAUUAAAAGUAUAUCUUGAAAAUUUUGGCCAUAAUUAUUUUUAAAGGAAAGUAAAUUACAAAAUUAUAUAUUGGCUAUAAUAUAUCAUGGACCAUAAAAUGACAAAUAUUAUAUAAAAUGUUAUAGUAUUCCCUACAUUUGCUUUGUGACAUAGGGGAAUGGAAAGAGCAUUGGACCUGGAGGUAGGAGUCCUGGGUUCUAGGUCCUGUUCUGCCACUAAGACAGUAUGACUGGCAUGUCAUAAACUCUGAGCCUUUGUUUCUUCAUUGGGAAAUCUAAGGGUUGGACUUGAUGAUCUCUAAUGGUUCCAUAUUGCCACAGGCCUUUUGCACAUGCUGUUCUCUUAGUAGUUUUCCCACCCUCCACAACUCAGAUACCAAAUCUUACUUAUUCCUUAAAUCUUAGUUAAAGUGUCCUUUGUUUUGGGAAACUUUUCCCGAUUGUACAGAAUAAAUCAAGUCUCCCCUUUAUAUGCUUUUAUAGCACUCUGCUUUCUCUUCUAUCACCAUCAUGGUUUAUAUUGCAUAUUUACUUGAAUGAUUACUUAAUUAUUAUUGUUCUUCCCUGUAUGGUUACCACAUAACCAUGAGGGCAUGGGCCAUAUCUCUUUCAGUUCAAUACUGUAUCUCUUCUCAGUACUCUGCACCGUUCCUUCUAUACAGUAGGCAUUCAAUAAAUAUUUACUAAAUGAACAACUAUUAAGUUUUUACAUCUCCUGGGCCAUGAUAGAAUAAUAGGAACUGGAUUUACCUUCUACCCUCAGACAACUAGAAAACCAGACAGAAUAUGUGAAACAACAGUUUCCAGCUAUUGGACAACAGGCAGCACUAGACUGUGAUUCCUGAAAGAGAGAGACAAAUGAAGUGAGCAUUUCCAGUGCCCCUGCUCACUGCCUUCACAGGUGAGGAGGAACCCAGACGGAGCCUUGUGGCUUUACUGAGCGGAGGAAAUCUGUGCAGAAGACUCUUGGAAUGGAGGUUGCUACACAGAGAGAGAGAGAGAAAGAGAGAGCAAGCACUCUGGAGAUCUGCAGAGGGGUCCCUUCAGGUCUUUGGCUGAGAAUUGAUCUGCAUACAUCUAUGAGGAUGCUACUGAGGCCAAGAAACAGCACUGGGAAAAAGUAGGAGAUCAAUUGCCAGAGCUCACACAGGGCCAGGAAUAGCUUGUGUUCUCACUAGUCAUAGUGGAAUAACCUCCAAAUACAGGGGGCAUCAGACAGAGUCCUCAGAAGGGUACAGCCUCAGUAGUGAGGUCAAAUUAUACCUAGACUCAAGGCUGUUCUGGGCCCACCCUAAAAAGCUUAAAAGCAAGUUUCAAAAGGAAGAAAUGAUUCCAAGUAACUUAACUGCAUCCCAGAACAAAAUUCUAAAGUACUUAAAGGAAUAUAAAAGCUAACAAGUAACAACAAUAAAACAACCAAAGUAAACCUGGCCCCAACAGCAUAAAAUUCACAAAGUCUGUCAUCCAGUCAAAAAUUUUCAGGUGUGCAAAGAAUCAGGAAAAAACAACCCAUAACCAGGAGAAAAAUCAAGCAGUAGGAACAGACUCAGAAAUGACAUAGAUGAUGGAAGUAUAAGACAAGGGAUAUUAAAACAGCUAUUAUAAAUAUUCUCCACAUGUUUGUUGAAACUGCUAUAGUAAAUAUACUCCAUAUGUUUGAGAAAGGAGGGAAAGCAUGAUCAUGAUAAAGAGAGAAAUGGAAGAUAUAAAAAAAAUACUCAAAUUGAAAUUCCAGAAAUGAAAAAUAUGUUAUCUGAAAUGAAAAAUACAGAGUAUAGUGGAUGGGAUUAACAUCUGAUUAGACACUGCAGAAGAAAAAGUUAGUGAACUUGAAGACAUAGCAACAGAAAUUAUUCUAAAAGACUGAAAAAAAAAUAGAGCAAGAGUAAGGUGUGAGACCAUAUUAAGCUGCCCAACAUGUAGGUAAUUGGAGUCCUGGAAUGGUGGUGGUGGAUG